AAUGGAGACUCUCCUUUCUCUCAGUGUCUAGAUGAGUACGACGAUGAUGAAGCGGGUCAGAAAGAGCGGAAGCGAGAAGACGCCAUCACACAACAGAAUACCAUCCAGAACGAAGCGGCCAGCCUCUUAGAUCCAGGCGCUUCCUACCUGUCCCAGGACCCGUCAAGAACAGUUCCAGGCAGAUACAAGAGCGCAACCACGGCCCCCGAAGAUGAUGUCUCAAGUAGAUAUCCCAGAGCAGACAGAAGCGGGUUCGGUCGACACAACCGAGACACAAACGCAGCAGGGAGUUUCGCCUCGAGUAGCACAUUGGAAAAGAGAAUUGAAGAUCUCGAAAAGGAAGUAGUGAGAGAAAGGCAAGAAAACCUCCGACUCCUGAGACUGAUGCAAGAUAAAGAAGAAAUGAUCGGGAAACUCAAGGAAGAGAUUGAUUUGUUAAAUAGGGACCUAGAUGACAUAGAAGAUGAAAAUGAACAGCUAAAGCAGGAAAAUAAAACUCUUUUGAAAGUUGUUGGACAGCUGACAAGGUAGAAGACCCAAGGCUCGGUGUGGAAAACCUGUCUUUAAACUACUGAUUGAAUGUCGCGGCUAAGGCAAAGAAGAUGUUCCUGUGAUGCAAUACGUUCAGAUAACUGUAUAUUUAUUUCUAGACACCAGAUGGAUAUUGGUUUUCGAAAUUACUCUUUUUUUCAUUGUUAGUUUUACAAAGCAUCAACCUUGUAUUUCACAACUUAGUGACAUUUUUAGUUAUUACAAUAAUAGGUAAUGCCUCUUGGUUUUGUGUGAUAUCCCAAUAAUAUAUGGUUCAGAGUAACAGCCAUUUGCAUAUAUUUUAUCUAUGUUAGUACAUAUUCUCCCUAAAGGAAUAUGCAUAGUCUUUGUUUACAUGAAUUCAAAUACUUGGGGGAGUUGCCCACAGAUGCCUUAUUACUCAUGCGUGCGGCCUUCUGUGUGUUGGUAGUUACUCAUAAAGACCUGGCUCCUGUCACCCGUACCUUCCACAUGCUCUAAUGAUUUUGAGUAGUAAUAGACACACUAUUUUGUAUAGCAAUAAUCUUUGAAAGGAAAGCUAUUUUACAAAGUCACUUAAUAUGUUCUAGUUGGCUAAAUAUAAACUUAAGAGAAUACUUGAACUGUGUUAUAGUAAGUGAAAAGUUACUAUGUUGUGUUUGAAUAUUGAAAAAUUUCAAUUACUUCUGAAAAACAGUCAAUGUAUAGUUUCUUAUGUAGGUACUAUCGUAUCGUUUUUUGUUGUUUUUAACUGCUCUAGGGUUUAUUAGUAAAUAUGGAAUAUUUAAAAAGUUGUUUAUUCUUCAGGCCUCAAGUUGUAUACAAUUUCAGUGUUGAAGAAGAAAAUUGAUGCUUUUAAUAAUCAUGUGCUUCAAAGUCAGAGACAAAAUAUUUUUUCCACACUUAAAAUAUUUAUACAUUUGUUAACAUAUGAAAGCAUAUAUACAUAUGAUGCAGAAUAGCUCUGCUGAUCCCUGAAUUGGAGAAGCAUUGGGAUGUAUUUUUCCUCAUGAGAGAAUAGUCCCAUAUCCCAAGGCUACUGCUCCCUAACACUGAAAAUUGGAAAGCGAUCAUAUUUGAAGAUUCAUAAAAUAAAGUUGUCUUCUGUUAAA